AUGUGCUCGGUGUGCAAGCGCCAACUCAAGUGUAAUGUGGCUAGUAGUAGCUACACCAAUCUGUACUGCCACCUCAAGCUGAAGCUCCCUGGGUUUGCUGGGAUCUACGCUGAGGCCAUUGGGCAAAAUUCGAAGUCUGCUCCGUUGGACGCCUGGUUCGAUCCUAAAGCCACCAACAUCUUUAACUCGGUCGAGUGGCUUAUCAUGGACGAGCACGAGUUCACCUUUGUGGAAAGUCAACUGACGCGCCAUUGCUUGAAGUUGGCAGUGGAUCAGUUCCUCAAAGCUAAUGUCAGUGAGGUGAUCUCCAAGGUAGCUGCAGUCAUGGUUGAGCUUCGAGCGUUACAGGCAGUCGUCAUGGCCAAUGCCGGCAGUUAUCCUUCACCAUAUAAGCGUCACAUGCAGUCGAGUCGAUGA